CGGUUGGGAAUUACAAGAAGUCCAAGAAAAAAGGGAAAAAAUUAAAAGUGCAAAAUGCAAACAAGUGCAGCCAAGGAGCUGCGCCACGAGUGAAAGUGGAGUCGGAAGCAACUCACCAAGCGGCCACCUGAGCUGCCCGAGCAACCCCCACACACACACACACACACACACACACACAGCACACACCCACCCCCAUUUGUUCUUUAUGAUUAUCGUGUUGUUGCUGCUGUUCCAAUCGCUGUGCCUCUACUGCCAACGCCUGGUGCUGCACGUCCACGACAGAUGCUUUCCGCGCAACGCCCGCUUGCUGCAGGAGUCCGCCGAAACGGUGGGCGAUCGUAAGGCGCUGCAGCACCUGGAGCACCUGCAGCUGGAGCAGAGCCGACGGCGCCACAAGCGUCGCAUACUGGAGCCCAUUUUGCCGCUGGGCGCGGGGCUCAAUCUGGAAGCGUGCCGCUUCUGUGCGCACAGUCCGCAGGGCUAUUGUCGGCAUCAUUUCCAUCUGCAGCUGCAUACGCAGCGGCGCAACGGCGGCGGCGCCGGCGGCACUGGCAGCGGCGGUGACCAGGACUACAAGCAGCUGCGCAGGAUCAGGCGUGAGCUGAAGCGCAGUCUCGAGCCAAGAAGCAGCCAUCGCAUCAUCAAUUAUCUGCCAUACAGUCGCAGCACGAGCUCGCUGAGCAGCGGCUACGGCUCUCAGGCAACCUUACAGGAGGAGCAGGAGGAGACGUCCGGCUAUCUGGAAGAGGAGCAGAAGGAGCAGGAGGAAACGUGCAGCAACAGCAGCAGCUAUCUGCCGGAGCUGCAGGAGGACGUGCAGCUGGAAGUGCAGGAGCAGCAACUUUUGAUAACCAGCCAUCUCUAAAGCAGUAGCAGGAGAAGAUCUGUAGCAGCCUCUCAGGAGGACGAGGGACAACAGCAAGAGGAGCUAUCAAGAGGAGCAGGAGGAAGUGCAGGAGGAGACGGAACGAGGAGGAGGCGCAACGAGCAGGAGCAGACUUAUAGCAGCUGCAGCUAUCUGGAGGUGUAGGAGGAGGCACAGCAGCCUCUCAGGAGGAGGAGACGGACAACAAUAAGAGGAGCAGGAGGAGGCACAGCAGCACCUUUUGAUAGACAGCACACUCGACGCCGCACAGGAGGAGGAGACGGACUAUAGCAGCAGCAGCAGCUAUCUGUUGGAGUAGGAGGAGGCACCUUUUGAUAGACAGCCUACAGGAGGAGGAGGAGGCGGACAACAGCAGCAGAAGCUAUCAGGAGGAGGCUGAGCAC